AUGAAUCCCCUAAACGAUGACAAGUUGGAAAAGAUUUCCAACAACGAACUAAUUUGGAGGAUCAUGGAUUUGCAGAAUUCCUUGAUAACUAUCUCUGACCAUAUGGAGUUACUAAAAAACAAAAAUAGGAUAUUAGAUGAAGAGAAUGAGAAAUUAGAAAAUCACAUAAGAGACAUUGUGAAUGAUGUGAAAACAGAACUUACACAAAACUUUGACAAAAAAAGGUCACCUCACUUUACUUAUGCCCCGGUUAUACGUGAGGAGGAGGCAGGAAUCGAAAGUUGCAACAGUCUUGACAACGAACGGAGUGUUCAGCGUGAACCCUGCCAAGGGGAGGAAUACGCAACUCCUAACUCGAUUGCGCCUGUCCAUACAGAUGCCGCUUCACCGCGUAGAAACACACCAUACGGAGCCUCCUCACCAAUCGCACAAACAACCAAUGCGCAGUUGAGGCAACACACAAAUCAUGCAACUCCAGAUGAAAACGAAACUAACAUCGAACGAACCAUUUUUGAAAAAAAUUCAAACCAACAUGUAAAUAAUAUGAGCCUCCAAAAAAAGGAGGGGCAUAAUUUGAAUCUUCUAAAAGAACACACAAAAAGUAACAUAUAUAAUUUACUUAUGGAGACAGAAAAGUUGAAUUCCAUAUUUAAUAUUGCAUCGAAUGUUCUCAACACGUCAUUUUUCAGCAUAUCAAAAGAUCAGGAUGAUAAGAGAAAGGGCAGUCAAUGUGUCCAAGUGGGUCAGGAGGUACACCCAAGAGAGUUAAGUAAGCACACACAAAGGGGGGGUUCCAAAAUUUGCAAACUGGAGCGUAACCGAAUGGAAGGAAUUUCAGAGGCGAAGAAUUAUAUGAACUGCUCACGUAGAGAUCUUCCUCAAGGGGGUGUGGAUGUAAAGGAAGACGUGGAAGUAAAUAAAGACGUGGAAGUAAAGGGAAGCGCGGAAGUAAAGAGAAGUGCCGAAGGAGAAGAGAAUAGAGAUAUAAUGGACGCCAUCGAAAUAAUGUUAGACACAGAAAUAAAGGAGGAAGUUGACGCAAAAGAGGACGCUGAUAUAAUGCGGGAAGUGCUCAGUGUGGAGGAAACACCCACUGGAUCGGAUACCAAAAGGGCGGAAGACGAAAUACCUAGCCAAGGGGGACCCAGUCCUGAUGAUAAAAUUGCCACUCCGAUGCAUUCACACCAAAUCGAAGAAAAUCUAAAUGGGGAAAAGGACAAAGACGAUGAGGACGAUCAGGCAAAUCAGAGGACACCUGACGAGAGGGAUACAAUUAAAAGGGAAAGUUCAAAUGCUUUGCAUAGUGAUAAAAAUGACUAG